AUGUCAGUGACCCAAAGCUUAAAAGAAAAACAUGUUGCUGUCUUGGCCUUCCCAUUUGGCAGUCACGAUCUAACCAUCCUAGGACUGGCAUGCAAGUUGGCUCGUGCAGCGCCGAAUGUGCAGUUUUCUUUCUUCACCAUACCAAAAUCUAAUCAUUCUAAGUUUUCCACUUUUAAAUUUGAUGUCCCCAACAAUAUCAGAACUUAUGAUGUGGAGGAUGGUGUGCCUGUAAAUCAUGUUUUUAGUGGAAUCCCAGUGGAGAGAUUGGACCUUUUCCUUAAAGCAACUCCAGGAAAUUUUCAAAAGGGAUUAGAUGCUGCAGUAAUGGAAACGGGAAGGAAAGUUAACUGCUUAGUCACGGAUAUGUUCUUGACGUUUGCUGCAGAUAUGGCUGAGGACAUGAAGGCUACUUGGAUCCCUCUUUGUGUUUCGAUUCCUCAUAAUCUGUCAGCCCAUGUUUACACUGAUCUCAUUCGCAGGCUAUUCAGUCAUGUGGGUGGUGAUAAAAAUGGUGGCCAACACCAAACUUUAGAGCUUAUUCCUGGGUUGUCUCCAAUGCAUGUUAAAGAUUUAUCUGAUGAAAUAUUGCCUAGGCAUUCAAAUGAAACGUUCUUUUCUUACACGUUGAGUAAAAUCGGAUGUGUUUUGCCUCGAUCUACCGCCAUUGUUAUGAAUUUCUGCCAGGAACUUUAUCCUACGCCACUCUUUGAUGAUCUCAAAUCCAUGUUUCCAGCUUUGUUGAAUGUUGGUUUCUUAACGCAAGAACUUCCCCCGUCUCCGUUACCACCAUCGGAUUCAGAUACGACGGGCUGUUUAUCAUGGCUAGACAGACAAAGUUCUAAGUCUGUUGUGUAUAUUAGCUUUGGAACAGCGGCAGCGCCACCGGGCGAGGAGUUAAAAGCCUUGGCAGAGGCAAUUGAAGAGAGUGACAUUCCAUUUAUUUGGUCUCUCAAUAACGACCAUAAGCACCAUUUACCAAAUGGGUUCCCUCAACGGACAAACAAGCAAGGGAAACUCGUUCCGUGGGCACCCCAAGCUAUGGUGUUGGGACAUGCUUCGACAGGUGUGUUCGUGACACAUUGUGGGGCAAACUCUGUGUUUGAAAGCAUUGCAAAUGGAGUCCCAAUGAUCUGUAGACCGAUGUUUGGGGAUCACUGGAUGAUUGGCCGUGUGGUGGAGGAAAUAUGGGGGGUUGGUGUUAAAGUUGAGGGGCUUGUGUUCUCUAAGAGUGGGGUACUCGAGAGCUUGAAACUGGUUUUGGGACAUGAACAAGGGAGACAAAUGAGAGAAAGGAUUAAAGCACUGAGAGAGCUCGUUUUGAAAGCAGUAGCACCAAGUGGAAGUGCUUCACAAGACUUCAAAACUUUAGUUGAAACAAUCUUAAAUUCUUAA